GCGGAGCCGGAGUCAGCGGCGGGUGGCGGCGCCUGGAACCUGGAGACUGACUGUCCCCCCCUUCGGCCCGGAAUGUACUGACUCCCCCCGCUUCUCUCCGCCCCGCUGCAGGAGGGAGGCGCCCCCGAGUCUCCCCUCCCGUGAAGAGAGGCCGCGCGGGCCGGGUCGGGCCGGGCUGGAGCAGCAGCGGCGGCGGCCGCCGGAGCCGAGCCUGCAGCAAGGGACCGGCUGAGGGGCGCGCGGGAGGGAAGGAGGCGAGAGCUCCGCGGCGCAGCCGCCGCCGCCACCGCCACCGCUCGCGGGCAAGAGAUGGCGGCGGAGCGGGUAGAUCGGCGACUCCUCAGCACCUCCUCCUUUUGGCUCUGUUGCCUGCUGCUGCUCAGGCACUGGGCGCUGGGAGCUGCGGCCGCCAGGAGCGUCUCUCCGCCGCAGUCCCCAGGACCCAGCAUUCGAACAUUCACUCCAUUUUAUUUUCUGGUGGAGCCAAUGGAUACACUGUCAAUUAGAGGCUCUUCUGUUGUAUUAAACUGUUCAGCCUAUUCAGAGCCUUCUCCAAAAAUUGAAUGGAAAAAAGAUGGAACAUUUUUAAACUUAGUAUCAGAUGAUCGUCGCCAGCUUCUCUCAGAUGGGUCUUUAUUUAUCAGCAACGUGGUGCAUUCGAAACACAAUAAACCUGAUGAAGGCUAUUAUCAGUGUGUGGCCACUGUUGAUAGUCUUGGAACUAUUGUCAGUAGAACAGCCAAGCUCACAGUAGCAGGUCUUCCAAGAUUUGCCAGCCAACCAACAUCUUCUUCAGUUUAUGCUGGGAACAGUGCAGUUCUGAAUUGUGAAGUUAAUGCAGAUUUGGUCCCGUUUGUUAGAUGGGAACGGAACAGGGAGCCUCUUCUUCUGGAUAACAGAGUCAUCAAACUUCCAAGUGGAACACUGGUUAUCAGUAACGCGACUGAAGGAGAUGGGGGACUUUAUCGCUGCAUAGUUGAAAGUGGUGGACCACCAAAGUACAGUGAUGAAGCUGAUUUAAAAGUUCUUCCAGAUCCUGAGGUCACGUCAAACUUGGUAUUUUUGAAACAACCUUCUUCUCUAGUCAGAGUUGUUGGUCAGAGUGCAGUGUUGCCAUGUGUUGCUUCGGGACUCCCUCUUCCAACCAUUAGAUGGAUGAAAAAUGAGGAGACACUUGGCACAGAAAGUUCUGAAAGAUUGGUAUUGCUGGCGGGUGGUAGUCUGGAGAUCAGUGAUGUCACUGAGGAUGAUGCUGGGACUUAUUUUUGUAUCGCUGAUAAUGGAAAUGAGACAAUUGAAGCUCAAGCAGAACUUACAGUACAAGCCCAACCUGAAUUCCUGAAGCAGCCUACUAAUAUAUAUGCUCAUGAAUCUAUGGAUAUUGUAUUUGAAUGUGAAGUGACUGGGAAACCAACUCCAACUGUGAAGUGGGUCAAGAAUGGGGAUAUGGUUAUCCCAAGUGAUUACUUUAAAAUUGUAAAGGAACAUAAUCUUCAAGUUUUGGGUCUGGUGAAAUCAGAUGAGGGGUUCUAUCAGUGCAUUGCUGAGAACGAUGUUGGAAAUGCACAAGCUGGAGCCCAGCUGAUCAUCCUUGAACAUGAUGUUGCCAUCCCAACAUUACCUCCCACUUCACUGACCAGUGCCACUACUGACCAUCUAGCACCAGCCACAGCGGGACCACUGCCUUCAGCUCCUCGGGAUGUCGUGGCCUCCCUGGUCUCUACCCGCUUCAUCAAAUUGACGUGGCGGACACCUGCAUCAGAUCCUCAUGGAGACAAUCUUACCUACUCUGUCUUCUAUACCAAGGAGGGGAUUGCUAGGGAACGUGUUGAGAACACCAGUCGUCCGGGAGAAAUGCAGGUAACCAUUCAAAAUCUAAUGCCUGCGACUGUGUACAUCUUCAGAGUGAUGGCUCACAAUAAGCAUGGCUCCGGAGAGAGUUCAGCUCCUCUCCAUGUGGAAACACAGCCUGAGGUUCAGCUCCCCGGCCCAGCACCUAACAUCCGAGCGUAUGCAACUUCCCCUACUUCCAUCACUGUCACCUGGGAAACACCGUUGUCUGGCAAUGGGGAGAUUCAGAAUUACAAAUUGUACUACAUGGAGAAAGGGACUGACAAAGAACAGGAUGUUGAUGUUUCAAGUCACUCACACACCAUUAAUGGGUUGAAAAAAUAUACAGAAUAUAGUUUCCGAGUGGUGGCCUACAAUAAACAUGGUCCUGGAGUCUCCACACAAGAUGUUGCUGUUCAAACAUUGUCAGAUGUUCCCAGUGCUGCUCCUCAGAAUCUGUCCUUAGAAGUAAGAAAUUCAAAGAGUAUUAUGAUUCACUGGCAGCCACCUCCUCCAGCCACACAAAAUGGGAAGAUUACUGGCUACAAAAUUCGCUACCGAAAGUCUUCCCGCAAGAGUGAUGUCACUGAGACCUUGGUAACCGGGACACAGCUGUCUCAGCUGGUUGAAGGUCUGGAUCGGGGGACUGAAUAUAAUUUUCGAGUGGCUGCUCUAACUGUCAAUGGCACAGGCCCAGCUACUGACUGGCUGUCCGCUGAAACUUUUGAAAGUGACUUAGACGAAACUCGUGUUCCUGAAGUACCUAGUUCUCUUCACGUCCGCCCGCUUGUCACAAGCAUUGUAGUGAGCUGGACCCCUCCAGAGAACCAGAACAUUGUGGUCAGAGGGUAUGCUAUUGGUUAUGGUAUCGGCAGCCCGCAUGCUCAGACCAUCAAAGUGGACUAUAAACAGCGCUACUACACCAUCGAAAAUCUGGAUCCCAGCUCUCACUAUGUGAUUACCUUGAAAGCAUUUAACAACGUGGGUGAAGGCAUCCCCCUGUAUGAGAGUGCUGUAACCAGACCUCACACCGACACUUCUGAAGUUGAUUUAUUUGUUAUUAAUGCUCCAUACACUCCAGUGCCAGAUCCCACUCCCAUGAUGCCACCAGUGGGAGUCCAGGCUUCCAUUCUGAGUCACGACACCAUCAGGAUUACAUGGGCAGACAACUCGUUGCCCAAACACCAGAAGGUUACAGACUCUCGGUACUACACAGUCCGCUGGAAAACCAACAUCCCAGCAAACACCAAGUACAAGAAUGCAAAUGCAACCACAUUGAGUUAUUUGGUGACUGGUUUAAAAGCAAAUACACUCUAUGAAUUCUCUGUGAUGGUGACCAAAGGUCGAAGAUCAAGCACGUGGAGUAUGACAGCCCAUGGGACCACCUUUGAAUUAGUUCCUACUUCUCCACCCAAGGAUGUGACUGUUGUGAGCAAAGAGGGAAAACCUAGGACCAUAAUUGUAAAUUGGCAGCCUCCCUCUGAAGCCAAUGGCAAAAUUACAGGUUACAUCAUAUAUUACAGCACAGAUGUGAAUGCAGAGAUACACGAUUGGGUUAUUGAGCCCGUUGUGGGCAACAGGCUGACCCACCAGAUACAAGAGCUAACACUGGACACACCAUACUACUUCAAAAUCCAGGCUCGGAACUCAAAGGGCAUGGGGCCCAUGUCUGAAGCUGUCCAGUUCAGAACACCUAAAGCGGACUCCUCUGAUAAAAUGCCUAAUGAUCAAGCCUCAGGGUCUGCAGGAAAAGGAAGCCGGCUGCCAGACCUAGGACCUGACUACAAACCUCCAAUGAGCGGUAGUAACAGCCCCCAUGGAAGCCCCACCUCUCCUCUGGACAGUAAUAUGCUGCUGGUCAUCAUCGUCUCCGUUGGGGUCAUCACCAUCGUGGUGGUCGUGAUCAUUGCUGUCUUUUGCACCAGGCGCACCACCUCUCACCAGAAAAAGAAACGAGCUGCUUGUAAGUCAGUGAAUGGCUCCCACAAGUACAAAGGGAACUCCAAAGACGUCAAACCCCCAGACCUCUGGAUCCAUCAUGAGAGACUGGAGCUGAAACCCAUCGAUAAGUCUCCAGACCCAAACCCUAUCAUGACUGAUACGCCAAUUCCUCGUAACUCUCAAGAUAUUACACCAGUUGACAAUUCCAUGGACAGCAACAUCCAUCAAAGGCGGAAUUCAUACAGAGGACAUGAAUCAGAGGACAGCAUGUCUACACUGGCCGGAAGGCGGGGAAUGAGACCAAAAAUGAUGAUGCCCUUUGACUCCCAGCCACCCCAGCCUGUGAUUAGUGCCCAUCCCAUCCAUUCCCUCGAUAACCCUCACCAUCAUUUCCACUCCAGCAGCCUCGCUUCUCCAGCUCGCAGUCAUCUCUACCACCCAGGCAGCCCAUGGCCCAUUGGCACAUCCAUGUCCCUUUCAGACAGGGCCAAUUCCACAGAGUCUGUUCGAAAUACCCCCAGCACUGACACCAUGCCAGCCUCCUCGUCUCAAACGUGCUGUACUGAUCACCAGGAUCCUGAAGGUGCUACCAGCUCCUCUUACUUGGCCAGCUCCCAAGAGGAAGAUUCAGGCCAGAGUCUUCCUACUGCCCACGUCCGCCCUUCCCACCCAUUGAAGAGCUUCGCUGUGCCUGCCAUCCCGCCCCCAGGCCCUGCCGCCUAUGACCCUGCACUGCCAAGCACACCAUUACUGGCCCAGCAAGCUCUGAACCACCACAUUCACUCGGUGAAGACGGCCUCCAUCGGGACUUUAGGAAGGAGCAGGCCUCCUGUGCCCGUGGUGGUUCCCAGUGCCCCUGAAGUGCAGGAGACCACGAGGAUGCUGGAAGACUCUGAAAGCAGCUAUGAACCAGAUGAGCUGACCAAAGAGAUGGCCCACCUGGAAGGACUGAUGAAGGACCUAAAUGCCAUCACGACAGCAUGACAGCCUUCACCAGGACGUGACUCCAGCCCUGAGUCUAGAAGUCUUGGGACUUAGCCUUGAAAGCGAGGAAUUGUACAGAGGACAAGAGGACAGCACUUGAGAACGCAGAGUGAGCAUGCAGAUCCGCCCGCGCCCCCCGCGCGGGGCUGCCUCUAGCCACGGCCACCUGCCUUCUCCUGGUCAGUCCGGAGGAAGCCCAUGUGGAGGCCAGCUUCCCUUUGCCUGCUGGGACCUGCAGGACUGGUGGAACUGCCAAAGUGUCAUGUCCUGGGAAGAGGCAGGAAACACCACCUGCGUUUCACUCCGUGGUCAGGCAGUGCUUCAUGCUGCGGCUGCAUCGCCUUUGUGGGGUGUAGAUGUUGCAUUUAUGUACAGUUUUAUUUGCGUCCUAUUUUACCUUCACAAGUAAAACACUAUCGAAACCAAGGAAGUCUGUGGUGUUCUCCACAAGUGGUUGGCAUUUGACUACUUGUUUGAAUUAUGAUGGACAGUCAUCAACAAUGUGCGUUGUUCCAGGGAUUGGCUUGUUUUUUUGUUUUUGUUUUUAUUCUUAAUUAUGAAUCAUUGCAUCCUCUACCAGCUGUUAACCCAUCACUUUGAGGGGGGAGGAAAUGUUGCAUUGCUGUUUGUAAGCUUUUUUAUUAUUUUUUUUAUUAUAAUUAUUAAAGGCCUGACUUUCUCCUCUCAUCACUGUGAGAUUACAGAUCUAUUUGAAUGAUGUGUAACAUUGAAAAGACUUGCUUAUUGCUUCUGUGCAGUUUCAGUAUUGGGGUCGGGGUGGACUGGGGAGGACUGGGAAUGGGCAGUUGAGGGGCUGCCGAGGUCCUGUGACUGUUUCAGUCAUAGUACUUUCCUCCAGAAGCCUGUGGAGAAGGGAGGCAUCUACGUUAUUGUCCUUUCCUGGCAUGUCCAUCUCUGUUGUCAGUAAGUUGCAACUGGAGUUUCAUUUGAGUCUAGUGAAAAAACUCUUCUGUGCAAUAGGUGGGUUUGAGGAUGUAGAGGCCCUGGCGUCUUGGUCAGACCCUGACGAGAGUGUCCGCGCUGAGCAGGCAGGCGCCACGUUUCCACUCACAGGAGUGAGGUGGAACAGGUCCACAGCCUGCCUUGUUCCUGGGGACUCAGAGGACAGGAGGGGGACCGCAGCCUGCUCUUGUCAUCUGUUCCCACUGGGGAAGCUGGGGUUAAGUAAGGAACUUGGUCUCCGCCUAGGACUCCUUGCUUCUCUCCAUUUCCUGUCCUCAGCCAGUCUAGCCGUCACUUCCGUGUUGCAGAGCCCCUUGGGAAAAUCACUGGCAAAAAUGAGGCAGUGGGGGCUGCAGUGCCCCUGAGGCUCCCUGCUUCCUUCUGAGCAUUGUUCUUUAAGUAGCAGGGGAUGAGGGACAGAGACGGACACGGGAGGCAGCUACUACCACCCCGCCCCCCAAUCCCAGCAGCUCAGCUCAGCCCCUGGUUAGAACCAGCGGCAGGUUUCUGGGGCAUGUCAGGUGGCCUGACCACACACAGGAGUCUUUGCCUUCACAAGUAGUUCUUGACUUCUUUUUCUUAAAGAGGUAAGGAGCUGAGGUGUUGGUUCCUUUUUUUUUUUAAUACUAAGAAUGUAUUAUGAGAAAAUACGGGACAGACACUCAGGCAUCUUCCCCAGAAGAGUGUGUAAGGCAAUGCGGAAGGCUACCUGGGCUCUGGUUCCACAGCCAAGAAGAGGUCAUCUGCUGAGACCUCCACUGGGUACCCAGCCCUGGCCCACAGGCACCCGCUUGCCUUUGUACUUUGGUUAUUUCCCCCUUUUUAAGUCUUCUCACAUACUUGCUUUUCUAGACGAUGAACUCUAUAUUUAUUAUUUUGGGGGCAAUGGAAAGUGCAAUGCUGACUCCUGCCGCCAUACCCACUGGCCACAGAGGACAAUGCCGGGCGGGGUUCUGUAGAGCCAGGGCAUUCACACUGAUCCUGAAAAGCACUCUGAGCACCCCGCGCCCGGCGCGGGGUCGGGGCGGGGGCAGAGUCUCCAGAAGCCUCCUCACCUUUCGCCCAAAGAAACUGCUCAGUGUUCAGGGCCUUCCCUCCCACAAGCCCUGAUGUUCCUUUGACCUCGGGGCCUUGGUAACUGGACACUGCCACAGGGCUUGGGGGGGGGGGGGUGGCUAUUUUUAAAUAAAGUAACUGCUCAAAGUUGGGAAUUUUUUAAAAUUAAGAAAAAGGAAAGUUAUUCUGUAUUGCACCUUUUCACAAUUUAAUACGUUUUUCUUACAUUUCCUGUGAUUUUUGAAACGAAACCAUCCAUCAUGUGUCUUGUAAUGUCCUACGGGAGCAGCUGCCCAGCAGCGUCCUCGGGAGGAUUUGGAACAGAUGUGUCUGCUGCUGUGUCACCUGCUGGAGGGGACUGAGGGGCUGCUGGGGGCCAGUUGCUGUACACACUUGUUUGGCCUUUUCUGUAGUUGAUGCUGUAAACUCUAUGGCUUUUUAAAAAACAAUUUCAUGUUUUUAUUUAGC